AUGCUAAAACUCUUUAAGACUUAUCCAAAAACAAGCAUUUUUCUCAUCCUCACAGGAAUUUCCACCACAGCUUUUUUGAUGGCCAUCUGAAAAUAUCGAUACCACAUUCGAAUGCUAUGAAAUGCCAGAAAAGUCCUUUCAGGAUCCAUGAAUGUCCUUGACACAAAUCGAGAGUAAUUUUAACUCAGAAAAGAAGUCUUCUACUCCAAACUCUCCAGAACUUUUACAACCUGAACAAAGCGAACUCUCCCAGAAAUUCAACAAAUCCGUUUAGAACUCAGGACAAAUAAAAAUCUGACAUCAAGUGAAAAAAGAGAACUCUGGAGCCAAUUAAAUCUAAAAGGUGCUUUCUAAAUAGUCAUGACUCAGCUAUUAACAAAUAUUUACUCCUCAGAAAUCUACAAGCUAAGUUUCUUGAUUUCUACCCACUUAAUCGCAAGAAAAGAAUUUGAAAAUGAACAAGUUGACGAUUUAAUAGAGAAUUUCGAAAGAAUGAAUGCAGAAAUCAAGCAAGCCAACCAAUUGAUAGCUUAUAUAGAAAACAAUAUACAAGAAUUGCUGCUAGGGAUGAAGCUGGAAGAGAUAUUUUGUGCCAGCGACCUGAAAGAGCUUUUUGAAAAAAUCAAGCUAAAACUCCAUGGAAUUGUGAGGACAAAAAACCCUGUUUAUGAGAUUUUUGUUGCUGGGGUGGCUGAUUGGGCUGUGGAGACACAAAAUACACAGGAAUUCUGCAAGUAUUAUUAUUUGGAAGAAACUCAGGGAGAUUUGAUGAGAAGGGUAAAUGAAGGGUAUGAAAAGUUGUAUGAUACAAUAAAAGAGGAGAUAGGGAAAAACGGGAAAAAUAACCCUAGAAGGAAAUAUCCGCUGGAUUGGAAAGGAUUAGAGCUGGCUUUUAUAAUCCCAAUGCUGGAUCGAUUAAACUCAUUUACUGUUUGGGAGCCUUAUGAGACUUUGGGAAGGAAAAUAUAUUUUGAUCUUUAA